ACUCAGCAGUGGAGGAUGUCCGCGGAGGCCGAGAUCCAGCCGGGUGUCAAAACCAGCCAGCGAAAGGAGUCCAGGAGGAUCAAAGGUCAGGACCGCACUGAGGCGGGGCUUAUUAAGCGUUUCCGUGGAGAUGGCGUGCGCUACAAGGCCAAGCUGAUCGGGAUUGAUGAGGUGACGGCGGCGCGGGGGGACAAGCUGUGCCAGGACUCCAUGAUGAAGCUGAAGGGGAUGGCGUCCUCGGCACGUUCCAAAGGGGAGCACAAGCAGAGAGUCUUCUUGACGGUCUCCUUCGGCGGGAUCAAGAUUUACUGUGAGAGAUCAGGGGUGCUUCUGCAUCACCACUCAGUCCACGAGAUCAGCUACAUCGCCAAGGACACCCGGGACCACCGAGCCUUCGGAUAUGUGUGUGGGAAGGAGGGUCACCACAGGUUUGUGGCCAUCAAGACGGCUCAGUCGGCCGAGCCUCUCAUCAUUGACCUGCGCGACCUCUUCACGCUCAUCUAUGACAUUAAGCAGCGGGAGGAGAUGGAGAAAAAGGCUCAGAAGGACAAACAGUGCGAGCAGGCAGUCUACCAGACCAUCCUGGAGGAUGAAGUGGAUGAUCCAGUUUACCAGUACAUAGUGUUUGAGGCUGGACACGAACCCCUCCGUGGCCCCCAGUCAGAGGAGAGCGUUUAUCAGGUCCCAACCAGUCAGCAGAAGGAAGGGAUCUAUGAUGUCCCAAAACGCCAUUUCAUGACUAAUAUCAACCACUUUGAUCUUUUCGGUGACAUGUCCACUCCUCCCUCGAUGCCCCCAUCACCUGCCAACACGCUGGACCCCAGCCGGAGCAGCCGCCAGCAGCAACACAAUCCCGCUGAUAUGUACGCCCCCUUCAGCCCCACCUCCGUGCCGUCAGGUUAUAUGACCAUGGGUCCGGUGCAGGCAGCCCAGUGGGCGCAGCAGCCGUUUCCCGGUCAGGCCCAGACUCUGGCUUUCCCUGUGCAGGGACCCCUCCAGGUGGCGCAGGUCCUCCCUGGUGGUCAACCAGUCAUUUGGAGCCAGGCCAACAUUUUCCCGGCCACUCAGCAGCAGUGGGCGGCCAUGGCAGCCUACAUGCCGGCCCAGACCGUGGGCGUGGGGGGGCACGCCAUACCAGCUGCCAUGCUCCAAGGCCUGGUACCUAUUACCACAAUGUGCCCCCAAGCCUGCGACCUAUCAGCCCCCUCCUCCGCCAUUACAAGCCCUCAGCACACAGCGGACCCCACCCUGCUUCAGAGGCAGCUUAGCCUCGGAAAGGACGGCCUUGGUGUGGACUCAGACGCAGGCGAGGGCACCUCUGCAUCAGGAGCAGUUGGGAUGGGACCUGGUGUUGGUUCAGCAGCAGUGAGCAGGUGUGGGACCCCGGGUCCCUUGAGUGUACCAGACACGCUGGUCUGCACUCAGCUACUGCCUCCUUCAGCUGCUGCUACCCAGGAAGAGGAAGGGAGCUGUAGUGACCUUGACCUCUCUAGGAUGACCCUGAGCCCUGGUACAUCCACGUCACCAUCUACUGAAUCCCCAUCCACUCCCGCUCCUCAGCAGAGCUCGUCCUCAGACUGCCCCCCUUCCCAGGCCAGUGACCCCCCAACAGAUCACUCUCCUGUAGACCCAGAGGGCAGCUCCAGCAACGCCAAGGAGGAACAAUCGAGCUCUGCUGUUGCGAGGUCGAUUUCCCCGGUGCUCACUGGAGACCCUGAUCCUCCGCAGGAUCAGACAUUUCAUAUGCAGGCCAGUAUUGAUCGCUGUGCGUGUUUACAUAGAGAGCUGAAUAGUGUCCUCUUCUCGUCUACAGUCGUUCAUUAUACAGUCAUGCUUUCUGUGCUGAAACAGAGAAGUGCACUCAGUCUGUGGGGCUGUAUCCCUGGUACUCUGAUUUUCGUGCUGUUGAGUGAAGUAGCGGUCACUGCAGAGAACAAUGAAGAGCUGAAUGUUCGUGAAGCUCGGUCAGUGGGCAAUCAGGUGUUAGCUCAUCCAGUGGACUGUGUUUUAUCAGAAUGGAGCUCAUGGUCACGCUGCGACACCUGUCAGAAAAAAAGAUAUCGCUUUGCCAAGCUGGAGCAGCCGGCUCAGUUUGGAGGACAGCCGUGCAAUUUUCAUGGCAGGCAAGAGGAGGCCUGUGAUGUUCCAGCCCGCUACACCUGUGACAGUGUACCUUUGUGUGAGGGAUUUCUCUGCUCCCAAACAGGUCGCUGUAUUCCCAGAACUCUGCAGUGUAGCGGUGAGGAUGACUGCGGGGACAUGUCAGAUGAAGUCGGCUGUAGGAACGUUGCCAAACCCUGCAGGCAGGAGGUGGAGGAGUAUUGGGGAAUUGAAAAUCUUGCCAAGGGGAUCAACAUCUUGAACAGUAACCUGGAGGGAGUGGUGCUUGAUAACAGAUACUAUGCUGGCAGCUGCCUGCCACAUUACAUCCAGGACGUUGGAUUCAGGAAGCCGUACAACCUGCAGCAGUACACUCUACAGACAAAAGGAUCCUAUGAUUUUACCCUGCAGUCGUUUGAGUCGUAUUCUGACUACAUGGACUUCACCUUAAAGGAGCGUAUGAGCCAAACUGUUGUUUCCUUUGGCUUUGCAAUUCCAGGCAUUGUUGAAUUUGGCUUCAAUCACAAUAAUGCCAAAUACACCAGGUCCGUUCAGAAGAUUCGCCGUGCUUCUGGUCAGGCGAAUAGCUUUGUGCGGGCCAAAGCAGAGCUAGAGCUGGCUCAGUAUAUGCUGAAGUCAGAAGAUUUGAUGCUUCACCCAGAGUUCCUGCAGCGCCUGCGCUCCCUGCCUCAGUCUUAUGUUUACGGUGAAUACAGACAGAUCUACAGAGACUAUGGCACCCACUACAUCACAGAGGCAGCACUGGGAGGAGACUAUGAGCACACCAUCAUCCUGAACAAGGAGAAGCUGGAGAGAUCAGAUUAUUCUUUGGAAGACUACAAGCGUUGUACACAAUCCGGCCUUAAGGUUGGAGCAAACAUAUUUGGAGUUUAUGUGUCUGCUGGAGUGAGCGGUGGAUCCUGUAACGGCCUGCUGAAUGAAAUGGGAGAGGACACAGUGAGCGGCAGCAUGGUUGAGGAUUUUGUUGCUGUUGUGAGAGGAGGAAGUAGUGAAUCCAUCUCUGCUUUGGUGUCCAAAAAACUUCCAACCCCACAGCUGAUGGGGCUAUGGGGCGAAGGUGUGCGUUUUAACCCCGACUUUAUCCGCAAAACAACACGGCCGCUGUAUGAGCUGGUGACUGCCAGAGACUUCUCCCAACAUGCCUCCCUGAAAAGAAACCUGAAGAGAGCGCUGUCAGAGUACCUGGCCGAGGCUGAUGCGUGUCGCUGUGCUCCCUGCCACAACAAUGGAGUGGCUGUUUUAAGAGGCACCAGGUGUGACUGUGUGUGUCCUGUCGGGUACAGUGGAAGAGGCUGUGAGAUCACUCAGAGGCCGAAAGAUAUGGCCAUUGACGGCAGCUGGAGCUGCUGGGGAGCGUGGUCGUCCUGCAGUGGAAACACAAAGAGCAGAAGUCGACACUGUAACAACCCUGCACCCAGCAACGGAGGCCUGGCCUGCAGGGGACUGCAGCAGGAGUCUAUUGAAUGUUUUUGAAAUAACUGUCCUGAUGUUAGCUUGGAAAAAAGAUUUAUAAAAAGCCUCCUUAAAAAGAA